AAUUUAUUCAUGUUUUUUUCAGAAUUACAUAUUUAAAUUAUUUCUAAAUAUGCAUGAAACUGAAGAAAUGAAAUUAUUUUAGUUUUAUGGUAAAAAAGUAAACUAGUUAAGACCUUGACUUGGAAAUUAACAACGGCCACCAUCAUCUUUGGAACAAUUUUUCUUCUUGAUAUUAAUCUUUUGAAACAAAAAAAUAGCAUCACAUAUACACACACAAGAGCCGACUUAACUUCACAGCUUUUGAUUAAUAUAUCAUGUCGUCGUCUUCUUCUUCUUUUCCUCGUCAAGUGAAGCAUCAAGUUUUCUUGAGCUUCAGAGGUGAAGACACGCUUCUUAACUUCACAGCUCAUCUACUCAAAGCUUUGAAAGACAGCGGACUGAAUGUCUUCUUCGAUGAAGAUACACUAGAGAAAGGGGAGCCACUUUCACCAGCAGUUUCUCAAGGAAUUGCAGCCUCAAAUCUCUCCAUCAUCGUUUUAUCUAAAGACUACGCUUCUUCGAAAUCAUGCUUGGCUGAAGUUUCUAACAUUAUGGACCGCAAGCACACACAAAAGCAUAUUGCUCUUCCCAUCUUUUACCAUGUUGAUCCCUCUGAUGUGCGAAAUCUUGGUGGGAGUUUCAAAACAUCCUUUGAAGACCAUGAAUCAAAAAGGCCCACUGAUGAAGUGAAACAAUGGAAAACUGCUUUCGCUGAAGUAGGGACACUAAAAGGAAUUCAUAUAAAAGACGACAAACCUGAAACCAAGUAUAUCAAUGAGAUUGUUGAUGAUGUUACAAGAAAACUGAUGAACACUGUGCCUAGAAGCACUUCUGAAAAAUUGUUUGGAAUGGAUUAUCAGAAAAAUAUAAUUUUGGGUCUGAUUGAGCAAGAAGAUUGUCGGGUAAUAGGACUUUGGGGAAUGGGUGGUAUUGGCAAAACUACCCUUGCUGAUGCUGUAUACAAGGAUGUGUCUCCAAAGUUUGAAAGUCGUUUGUUUGUUCAAAAUGUUCGUGAGAAAAUAAAAAAAAAAGGGGAAUGAGUCUUUACGAAAUGAACUCCUUUCUAAACUAUUAAACGAAAAAGAAAUUUGUAUUGGUACCCCUUCCAUAGGAUCAUUGGUACCCCUUCCAUAGGAUCAUUGGUACCCCUUCCAUAGGAUCCCCAUACCAAGAGAGGUUGAACAAUAAAAGAGUACUUGUUGUCCUUGAUGAUAUUAGUGACUCAGACCAAAUAGAUUUUAUGGGUGUUGAACAUUUUGGUCUUGGAAGUAAAAUCAUUAUAACAUCCAGAGAUAGACAGGUACUUAAGAAUGGAAGAACUAACCACAUACACGAGGUAAAGAAGCUAAAUACGAAUGACUCUUUCAAACUUUUUUCAACAUUUGCAUUGAAGAUGUUGAAUCCAGCAGCUGAUUUUCGAGAUCUACUGCACAAGUUUGUAAAAUACGCCCAGGGUAAUCCACUUGCUCUUAAAGUUUUGGGUUCUAAACUAUAUUCAAAGUCUAGAAAAGAGUGGGAGAGUGAGGUGGAUAAACUAAAGCAAUAUGCUGAACCAAAAAUUUCACAUAUUUUGGAGAGUAGCUUUGACGGGCUAGGUGUAGUAGAGAAGAAUAUAUUUCUUGACAUAGCAUGCUUCUUUAAAGGGGAACCCUUGGAUAUUGCAGAAAAAAUUCUAUGUAGUUAUUAUUCAGGUGCAACGUGUGGAAUAAGAAAUUUGGUCGACAAGUGCCUACUUGAUAUCAAAGAUGAUAUAUUUAUUUCUACACAUGACAUGCUUGAAGAGAUGGGCAAAGAUAU